AUGGAGGAAGCAUCAUAAUAAGUUAAAUAUAAAAGUGAGGUUUUGCUCUACUCACAAAUAGUCAAGAAGCUCAUCAGCCCAGCUAACAUUAAAUUUCAAGAUGAUAUCAUUAUAAUUACAGAAAGCACUAUUGAAAUUAUGUUUCCUGAUUAUGAAGUAGAUAUAUCUUGCCAAAAUAAAGUAGACCAAGGUAAUGAAAUUUAAAAUAUUGAAGAGUUAAUUGAGGAUUCAAAAUAUAAUGGGGAGUUAAAGCAGAAUGCUAAUGGAAUAGAAAAGGUCAGUGCUCCUUAUAAUCUUUAACUUCACUCAAUUUCAAAAAGAAAUUUUAGUGACUUAAUAAGAGAUGUGGCUAUAAUCUCUGAUAAAAAUCUUUAAAAGCACAUUCUUUUGCAGACAUAAAAUGGAUAGCUAACUUUACUCAAUCAAGAUUUAGAGAUUGUGAAAAUGAUAAAAAUGGCAAAUAAUGCUUUGCAAAAGAGCUUUUAGGUAAAGCCCUGUCCAUUAAUAGAAAUUUAAAGUCUUAAUAACGAGUUUCUAUUAAUCUAAGAAUCAGAUAAGAAAAUUUUAAUUUUUGACUAAGUUCAAUUCAUUAACUAGAAUUAGGAAUCAGAGAUCAGUCCUCUAUUUGUUUAUAAAGAACCCAACUUUAACUCAAUUUAUUAGCUUAAGAUUAUCAAGGAUUGGAGAAUAGGAGCAGAGGAUUUAAAUGGAAAUGGAGUUUAACAAUCAAUGAUAAUCGCAACAAUAACACUUGAUCCAAGCAAUUGCUAAACUAUCGCUUAAAUCUAGAGGCUGUGGUUAAUGGAGAAAAAUAAGUCACAACAAAUUCAAAAAAUAUUCAAGCUUGAGUCCUCUAUUUUUAACAAAUAGAUAGAACUUCCAGCGAUAUCAUCUACUAAUCCCAUAUAAAAUAACGCUACAGAAACAAUCUAUUAAAAUUUUAUCAAAAUUUCAGAACACAUUGAAAAUCCUGUGCUAUGCUUUUACACAGAGAAACAGAUUAUAUUUCUAGAUUAAAGACUGCUGAAGAUGAUAAAUUACUAAUACUUUGAAUCUGAAGAUUCAUAGCUAAAUUUACAAGAAAAUUAGUCUUUGAGAUCAAUCCAUUAACAAAUGAAAAAAUAUUAGAAAUUUGUGUAGCAUGUGGAAUAUUUAAAGCAAGGCACUAGAAUUCUGGCCUUGACAGAUACAAAUGAGGUUUUUAUUUUUGAUUUCAAUGAAAGUUUCUCCAUAGAUUCAAUCUGCACAUAGAUAAUUAAGGACAUUAGAUUGCCGGUUUCAUGCUCAGCACUUCUAAAUCUAGAAGAGAAGUAUGUUGUUAUGUUUUAAUAAACAGGAGGUAAUGUAGAGAUUUUCGAUCUAAAGGAGAUGUAGCUUAUUGAUUAGGAGCUAUUCAAUAACAACCAGUGGACGACUGAAACUCAAAAAUAUCUUAGAAAUCUUGCACCAAUACUUGACUAUGAGAUUGAAAAAAUUAAUAGUGUUGAUACAAAAAUACUUGUUGUUGCAGGAUUCCUUCCUCAUAAUGGGAUUCAUGAACUAAGGGAAGUAUACAAAAAUUAUUAGAUAUUAAGCAAAAUAGAGUUUGAGCAAAUGAUUGAUAAAAUAUGGCUAGUUCAAGAAUCAGAAUAGAACAGCUUUAUUUAUAUCAAAUUUCUAGAAAUCGAUGAACUGUAGUAACUUGAUUUAGUUAAUAAAAAUCUAACCUCAACAUCUUUCAAUGGGUUAUUAGACUCUUAAAAUAUCAUAGAUGUUUUACAAACUUAAGAAUUACAAUAUAUCAUUAUACUAACUGAGCCUAAAAUCUUCACUAAAUGCCAAUAAUACUCAGCCAUUAUAUUGUUUGAUCAAUAUAGUCUUUAAUAAACAAAGCUUGAGGUAUAACUGGAUUUCAUUAUAGGCAAAUAUUAGCUUAUCCAUUAGCAUGAGACAUUUAGACUUAUCUUUCAAUCAGUUCAUUAAUUGGUAGUAUAUACAUUCUAUAUUUGUUAAGAUCAAAUCGGCAAGAAUAUUGAGUAUAAGCAAUCUUGCAUAGAUUUAAGACAGGAAAUCAAUUUGCAGUAGGAGGAGAUCACUUGUUUUUUAUACUUGUAAAGCUUGAACAAAUAUUAAGUAUCUGUAUAUGAUCAUAUUCAGAAAACUUCGAGAAUUUUAUUAGUGGAUGAGUAAAGCAAUGAUUCAGGAAGCGUCUUGAUACUUGACAUGAGCAACGGAGAAAUCAUUAAAAAUUAGAAACUCUUCCCAGAUAAUACUCAUUUUGAGAUAGUUAAAUCGAGAAAUCUCUUUUAUUGCUUGCCAGAUGUUAUUUUGCAAGAUGACUAGCCUGAAAAUAAUCUUGGAAUGUACCUUAUAAACGAAAUUAAUUUCAAGCCUGUAUUUUUAGGCUAGACUCUCUUCAGUCCUAUUUACACAAGUAAUUAGUAGGAUACUCAGUAAAUGUUGACCUUUGAACUAUAAAACUAAAUGAGAUAGUAAUGCAAGCAGAAUUUCAUUAACAAAGUUACCAAUAAGGAAUUAUUAUCAAAUUUAAUGUCUAAAGAACUUUAUUUCCCUGAUAUGGUAACUGCUGUUUGCAUGAAUUACAAAGAUUAGAAUAUUGCUUUAAUCGCAAGCGGUUAUUAUCUAUUUAUUUUCAAUAUUACUAGAGAUGAAUUUAGCUAUAUUUUCACUUGCCUUUCUUACCAUAGACUUAGAGCUUAGCUUAGAACUGUGAACUGGAGAUGGUCUGACUAAAGUAAAAAUGGUUAAAGGCUAGGAUUAAUCCUGAUUGGGGAUAAUGAGGAAGGUAUUAGUGUAUUUACUUAUAAUGAAAAAACAAAGUAAUUGAAGUUAAAAGCUUUUGAUAUUGAAAGAAAGCAAGUUAUUUAUUCUGAUUUCUACAGAAAAAUCGAUGAUAAAAAGAAAUAGGAUAGUAGGAUUAUUGCUAUGGAUUUUGAGGGAAAUGUUAAUAUAUGCAAUCAAAUACAAAGUAGAAACCCUUUGAUUAGAAUGAAUUUAGAGACAGUUGAGAGAAUAAAGCUGAAUUAAAUGAGCAGAAAAUUUGUUUAAAUUGAUUCAGAUAUAUAUAUUGCUGGAAUUAAAGGUGAAGUUAAGAAGAUAUCUAUAAAAUGA